AUGCCACGCAUUUCGCCCGCGCUGGUGAGACAUGCCAAACAGACUGACAUACGUCUAGCAAAGCUAUUGCCGAUCUGCAGAUCCCUCGAUUCGGCUCGCAAUGAGCUCCGGUGGCUUAAACAGCACGCUUCCAGCAUACAAUCGGACAAUGCCCCUGCAGAUGUCCUGGUAAACCGCCUCAUAGCGCGAAGGGCAAAGGGUGAACCGCUGCAGUACAUCUUAGGCUCCGAGUAUUUCGGAGACUUGCGCCUUGAGUGCCGUCCUGGCGUGCUUAUACCAAGGCCUGAGACAGCAGCUUCAAUCAGUCAUCUUGUAGACUUGCUGUUCCAAUCUCAUACAUUCCGCUCACUCCCACGGAAGCUGCAGGUACUCGAUCUAUGCACCGGUUCCGGCUGCUUACCACUACUAUUCCACCAUGAAUACUUCAAGCACAAUCUCCGUGCGGAUACGGAUAUUCGGCUCAUCGGGAUCGACAUAUCCAAACGAGCGCUCAAACUGGCACGGGACAACCUCUCCACCCAGCUGAUAGCGCAGAAGGCGCCGUCAAGCCUGCGAUCACUGCAGAAGACUCGUUUCUUACGGGCCGAUGUAUUGCACGAUGCGAACAUUCCGCAUCAGUUCGGGAUACCCUCAGUGCUAGACGCCCUUAGGACACUAGAAGGAACCCCAACGCCACCCUGCUUUGACAUUUUAAUCUCGAACCCGCCUUACAUUUCAUCACGAGCAUUUCUAAAUACCACAGCGAGGUCCGUGAAAUUGUACGAACCUAAGUUGGCUUUAGUGCCGCAGCAUCCCGCGCCGACGUGUCCGGUCAACGACGGCGAUACCUUCUAUCCUCGCAUCUUGGACGUUGCUAGGAAACUUGACGCCAAGGUAGUAUUGGUGGAAGUCGGCGACAUGGAGCAAGCCGUGCGCGUUGCAAGCCUCGCGAUUGAGCAGGGGUUGUGGGAUGCAGUCGAGAUCUGGAGGGACGAACCGGGUAGGCAGGCUCCUGCGGAGGAGAGCGUGAAGAUUGGAGACGUGUGUGUGUUUGUGCGUGGUGUCGGGUAUGGAAGGUCGGUUUUCGCUUAUAGAGGGUCUGCUACUGAGUGGUUUGCCUCAGAGAAGCGUGUCGUUUCUGUGUAA